UGUCCCUGGGCUCAUGGAGCUGGCCGAACGGGCGAGAGUCGGAGAGCCCCCGGAGCCGGGCGGGCGUCCCGAGCCGGGCCCGCGGGGCUUCGUCCCGCAGAAAGAGAUCGUCUACAACAAGCUGCUGCCCUACGCCGAGCGGCUAGACGCCGAGUCCGACUUGCAGCUGGCCCAGAUCAAAUGCAACCUGGGCCGGGCGGUGCAGCUCCAAGAGCUGUGGCCCGGGGGCCUCUUCUGGACCAGGAAACUCUCCACAUAUAUUCGACUUUAUGGGAGAAAAUUUAGCAAAGAAGAUCAUGUUCUUUUUAUUAAGUUAUUGUAUGAGCUGGUAUCAAUUCCAAAACUGGAAAUCAGCAUGAUGCAGGGAUUUGCCCGCCUUUUGAUCAACUUGUUAAAGAAAAAGGAACUUCUUUCAAGAGAUGAUUUGGAGUUACCCUGGAGACCACUUUAUGACAUGGUAGAAAGAAUAUUAUAUUCCAAGACAGAGCACCUAGGAUUAAAUUGGUUUCCUAAUUCUGUAGAAAAUAUUCUCAAAACACUCGUGAAAAGCUGCCGACCAUAUUUUCCAGCAGAUGCCACAGCUGAGAUGCUAGAAGAAUGGCGACCUUUAAUGUGCCCUUUUGAUGUAACCAUGCAAAAGGCCAUCACUUACUUUGAAAUAUUUCUUCCUACCUCCCUUCCUCCAGAACUUCAUCAUAAAGGUUUUAAACUUUGGUUUGAUGAAUUAAUUGGCCUUUGGGUUUCGGUGCAAAAUCUCCCACAGUGGGAGGGGCAACUAGUAAAUCUCUUUGCUCGAUUGGCUACAGAUAAUAUAGGGUACAUAGAUUGGGAUCCAUAUGUACCAAAGAUAUUUACAAGAAUUCUGAGAAGCUUGAACCUCCCAGUGGGAAGCAGUCAAGUGUUAGUCCCAAGAUUUUUAACAAAUGCUUAUGAUAUUGGACAUGCUGUAAUAUGGAUCACCGCCAUGAUGGGUGGACCAAGUAAGCUAGUGCAAAAACACUUAGCUGGUUUGUUUAACAGCAUCACAUCUUUUUACCAUCCUUCAAAUAAUGGGCGCUGGCUGAACAAGUUAAUGAAACUACUUCAGCGGCUGCCAAACAGUAUUGUUAGAAGAUUGCAUCGUGAAAGAUACAAGAAGCCCUCUUGGUUAACUCCUGUGCCUGAUAGCCACAAGCUUACUGAUCAAGAUGUUACAGACUUUGUACAAUGCAUUAUUCAGCCUGUCCUCUUGGCUAUGUUUAGCAAAACUGGUAGUCUAGAAGCAGCCCAGGCUUUGCAGAAUCUUGCACUCAUGAGACCUGAAUUAGUAAUACCCCCUGUACUUGAAAGAACGUAUCCUGCAUUAGAGACAUUAACAGAACCUCACCAACUCACAGCCACUUUAAGUUGUGUAAUUGGAGUAGCCCGCAGUUUGGUAUCAGGAGGCAGAUGGUUUCCUGAAGGUCCUACACAUAUGCUACCUCUGUUGAUGAGAGCAUUGCCUGGGGUGGAUCCAAAUGACUUUAGUAAAUGCAUGAUCACAUUCCAGUUCAUAGCAACAUUUUCUACUCUGGUGCCUUUAGUAGAUUGUUCAUCUGUACUACAAGAAAGAAAUGACCUCACAGAAGUGGAACGAGAACUUUGUUCAGCCACAGCUGAAUUUGAGGACUUCGUCUUACAAUUUAUGGACAGAUGCUUUGGACUUAUAGAAAGUAGCACAUUGGAGCAAACAAGAGAAGAGACAGAAACUGAGAAAAUGACACACUUGGAGAGUUUGGUUGAAUUAGGUCUGUCUUCUACGUUUAGUACAAUCCUCACCCAAUGUUCCAAAGAAAUAUUUAUGGUAAGAACAUUGCUACAAAAAUUAAACUUCCAGCUUUUAAGUUUCAUUACCCGAGUGGAUGGAAGGAAGUUGCUUCUUUAUAGGGAGCAGCUUGUAAAGAUUCUCCAGAGAACCCUACAUUUAACCUGUAAGCAGGGUUACACUCUGUCUUGUAACCUUUUGCAUCAUCUUCUGCGUUCUACCACACUUAUCUACCCUACAGAAUACUGCAGUGUGCCAGGUGGCUUUGACAAGCCUCCUUCUGAAUACUUUCCUAUCAAGGACUGGGGCAAACCCGGGGACUUAUGGAAUCUGGGAAUCCAGUGGCAUGUUCCUUCUUUAGAAGAAGUGUCUUUUGCCUUUUAUCUUUUGGACUCCUUUCUUCAGCCUGAGCUUAUCAAACUCCAACAUUGUGGGGAUGGAAAACUUGAAAUGUCUAGAGAUGAUAUUCUACAGAGUCUGACUAUAGUGCACAACUGUUUAAUUGGCUCUGGAAACCUCCUACCUCCGUUGAAAGGAGAGCCAGUUACUAACUUAGUACCAAGUAUGGUGUCCUUGGAAGAGACAAAGUUGUAUACUGGACUUGAAUAUGAUCUGUCUCGAGAGAACCACCGCGAAGCAAUUGCUGCAGUUAUAAGGAAACUUCUUAACCACAUACUUGAUAAUUCAGAAGAUGAUACCAAGUCAUUAUUUCUUAUUAUAAAGAUUAUUGGAGACCUUUUGCAAUUCCAAGGAUCUCACAAGCAUGAAUUUGACUCCCGAUGGAAAAGCUUCAACUUAGUAAAGAAAUCAAUGGAAAAUCGGCUCCAUGGGAAAAAACAACAUAUCAGAGCACUGUUGAUUGAUAGAGUAAUGUUACAGCAUGAGCUACGGACACUAACUGUUGAGGGUUGUGAAUACAAAAAGAUACAUCAAGAUAUGAUCAGAGAUCUUCUUCGCUUAUCUACAAGUUCAUACAGUCAGGUGAGAAAUAAGGCUCAGCAAACAUUUUUUGCUGCCUUGGGAGCAUAUAACUUCUGUUGCAGAGAUAUCAUUCCCUUGGUUUUGGAGUUCUUAAGGCCUGAUAGACAAGAUGUUACACAGCAGCAAUUCAAGGGUGCCUUGUACUGUCUCCUUGGAAAUCACAGUGGUGUGUGCUUGGCAAACCUUCAUGAUUGGGACUGUAUUGUACAGACUUGGCCAGCGAUUGUUUCUUCAGGGCUUAGCCAAGCAAUGUCCCUGGAAAAGCCAUCAAUAGUGAGACUGUUUGAUGAUCUUGCAGAAAAGAUUCAUAGGCAGUAUGAAACAAUUGGCUUGGACUUCACAAUUCCAAAGUCAUGUGUUGAAAUAGCGGAAUUACUUCAACAGUCAAAAAACCCCUCUAUCAACCAGAUAUUGCUUAGUCCAGAAAAAAUUAAGGAAGGAAUUAAACGCCAACAAGAAAAGAAUGCUGAUGCCCUAAGGAACUAUGAAAAUUUGGUAGACACCUUGCUAGAUGGUGUGGAGCAAAGAAACCUGCCCUGGAAAUUUGAACAUAUAGGCAUUGGGCUUCUGUCUCUACUGCUGAGAGAUGACCGAGUGUUGCCUCUUCGUGCCAUACGGUUUUUUGUUGAGAAUCUCAACCAUGAUGCAAUUGUAGUUCGAAAGAUGGCUAUCUCAGCUGUUGCUGGUAUCCUUAAACAGCUAAAAAGAACCCACAAAAAGCUGACCAUUAACCCAUGUGAAAUCAGUGGAUAUCCUAAACCCACCCAAAUUAUUGCCGGUGAUAGACCUGAUAAUCAUUGGUUGCAUUAUGAUAGCAAAACUUUACCAAGAACUAAAAAAGAAUGGGACUCAAGUUGCUUUGUGGAAAAAACUCACUGGGGAUACUACACCUGGCCAAAGAAUAUGGUUGUUUAUGCUGGUGUGGAAGAGCAGCCUAAGCUUGGCAGAAGCAGGGAGGAUAUGACAGAGGCAGAACAGAUUAUAUUUGAUCAUUUUUCUGAUCCUAAAUUUGUUGAACAGUUAAUUACUUUUCUAUCAUUAGAAGACAGAAAAGGAAAAGAUAAGUUUAAUCCACGACGUUUUUGUCUCUUUAAGGGUAUAUUCAGGAAUUUUGAUGAUGCCUUCCUGCCAGUUCUGAAGCCGCAUUUAGAACGUUUGGUUGCAGAUUCACAUGAAAGCACCCAGCGAUGUGUUGCAGAAAUUAUAGCUGGUUUAAUCAGAGGUUCUAAGCAUUGGACAUUUGAAAAGGUGGAGAAACUGUGGGAGCUUCUGUGCCCUCUGCUUAGAACAGCACUGUCCAACAUUACCGUAGAAACUUAUAAUGACUGGGGAGCUUGUAUAGCAACAUCUUGUGAAAGCAGAGAUCCCCGGAAACUUCACUGGCUUUUUGAACUGCUGUUGGAAUCACCAUUGAGUGGUGAAGGAGGAUCCUUUGUAGAUGCAUGUCGACUUUAUGUACUACAAGGUGGCCUUGCCCAGCAAGAGUGGAGAGUGCCUGAACUAUUGCACAGACUACUGAAGUAUUUGGAGCCUAAACUCACCCAGGUUUACAAAAAUGUCAGAGAAAGAAUAGGAAGCGUGCUGACCUACAUAUUCAUGAUUGAUGUUUCUUUGCCAAAUACCGCACCAACCACAUCGCCUCAUGUCCCUGAGUUUACUGCUCGAAUUCUGGAGAAAUUGAAACCUCUCAUGGAUGUGGAUGAAGAAAUUCAGAACCAUGUUAUGGAAGAAAAUGGAAUUGGUGAAGAAGAUGAACGAACUCAGGGCAUUAAACUCUUGAAAACCAUAUUGAAAUGGCUGAUGGCAAGUGCAGGAAGAUCCUUUUCUACAGCAGUCACAGAACAACUUCAGCUUCUACCUUUGUUUUUUAAGAUUGCCCCAGUGGAAAAUGACAAUAGCUACGAUGAACUGAAAAGAGAUGCAAAGUUAUGUUUAUCGUUAAUGUCUCAGGGGUUGCUUUACCCUCAUCAAGUGCCUUUGGUACUUCAGGUGCUAAAACAAACAGCAAGAAGCAGUUCUUGGCAUGCACGAUACACAAUACUGACCUACCUCCAGACCAUGGUAUUUUAUAACCUCUUUAUUUUCCUAAACAAUGAAGAUGCAGUUAAAGAUAUCAGGUGGCUGGUUAUAAGUCUUUUGGAGGACGAACAACUAGAGGUUCGAGAAAUGGCUGCUACUACCUUAAGCGGUCUGCUACAGUGUAACUUCCUUACCAUGGACAGUCCUAUGCAGAUUCAUUUUGAGCAACUUUGCAAAACAAAACUACCUAAGAAAAGAAAGCGAGACCCUGGUUCUGUAGGAGAUACCAUUCCUUCUGCAGAGUUGGUCAAACGCCAUGCUGGGGUGCUAGGACUUGGCGCAUGUGUUCUUUCUAGUCCUUACGAUGUUCCCACCUGGAUGCCCCAGCUCCUCAUGAAUCUCAGUGCACAUCUAAAUGAUCCUCAGCCUAUUGAGAUGACUGUAAAAAAAACCUUAUCCAAUUUCCGAAGGACUCACCAUGACAACUGGCAGGAACACAAACAGCAAUUCACUGAUGACCAACUGCUUGUUCUCACCGAUCUUCUUGUGUCACCAUGCUAUUAUGCAUAGAAAGAUGACUAGUCCUCACUUCAGGCUCUUUUCAUCAAAAAUUCCACACCCUCAGGUACCAUCUGUGGUGGCUCUCUGCAAGUUUUAAAACUGCCUCUGCUGAGCUCUCAUCAUUUUGGUGGUUUCUGUGUUAGAUCUCAUUAGUGUGCAUUCCACAGCUUCUCAGUUGCCAUUUGAUUUCCUAACUUGUCCGGAAGUGUUUCCAGAAUACUGAUCACUUUUUUUUUUUUGAGGCAUCUGACAAAGUCACAAAGUCUCAGACUAGAAAUAAUUACCCAGUAUGAUCAUGGCAUCCAAGACCAGAGUCUCGGAACUCAUUAAGAAACAGUUGACUUGGAAUGGAGAAUGCCCAUCUGUCACACAGGUCCUGUCAUUUCAUUCUUCUCAAGUUAUUUUCAAUUCUUCCCAAAUGGCUGCUGGAUUUAGAUGGUAGUAGGGCUGUGGGCCAUAAAUCUGAAGCCUUGAGAACCUUGGGUCUGGAGAGCCAUGAAGAGGGAAGGAAAAGAGGGCAAGUCCUGAACCUAACCAAUGACCUGAUGGAUUGCUCGACCAAGACACAGAAGUGAAGUCUGUGUCUGUGCACUUCCCACAGACUGGAGUUUUUGGUGCUGAAUAGAGCCAGUUGCUAAAAAAUUGGGGAUUUGGUGAAGAAAUUUCUGAUUGUUGUGUGUAUUCAAUGUGUGAUUUUAAAAAUAAACAGCAACAACAAUAAAAACCCUGACUGGCUGGUUUUUCCCUGUAUUCUUUACAACUAUUUUUUGACCCUCUGAAAAUUGUUAUACUUCACCUAAAUGAAAGACUGCUGUGUUUGUGGAAAUUUUGUAAUUUUUUUUCUUUAUUUUGUUCUCUCUUCCUUUUUAUUUUGCCUGCAGAAUCGUUGAGAGACUAAUAAGGCUUGAUAUUUAAUUGAUUUGUUUAAUAUAUGUUAUAUAAAUGUAAAAGAUUGUAUAAACUGUAGAGAUAGCAUUGGCAAGACUUUGUACAGAUGCAACCUUUUACACAACAUCAUUGUGUAAUUUGUAAAGAUUCACAUGUAGUUCUUUAUUAUAGUGAUUUUGGGCUUUUGUACCCACUGAAUGCCAUUUUUUGUGUUUUUAAAUUAUUUUCUUUUAUCUUUCCUUGUUAUAAAAACUGAGAUGUGGGGUUUUUCUCUUUUUUUCAGUUCAUUUAUCAUUAGAAUGUCUGAACUUUUAUGUAACGUUUUUGUGUGCAUCUCUCAAUGCUAACAUCACAUGUUUGCGUAUGACAAGUUUAUAGAGUGAAAGGUAUCUUCUAGAUUGAAAUAAUUCACAAAUCGGUGAAUAUCAUCUUGGAACACACCCUGUACAGUCUUCCUUAAAGGAACACUACGGUAUAUUUUUAGUAUCUACAUGCUGAAUGACUCAGUACAGACCUAAGCACAGCAGUGGUCCUGGUACAGUAUUUAAGUGUCAGCAUACACAGGCGUAAUCCCUGUAUAAAGUAGUGCCAAAUUGAUUUCAACUGUGUAACUAGUUUAAAACCCAAUAAAUGGAUUGUUUUUAA